AUGCUUCCCUUUGCUAUACCAUAUCCACCAGAAAAAGACAAUGGAUUCUGGGGAGUUCCAACGUCUACAAUUGAUUGGUGUGAAGAAAAUUAUGUUGUAUCUCCAUAUAUAGCGGAGGCAUUAAACACACUUACAAAUUCAGUAUUCAUUGCCUUGGCAUUGUUUGCUAUAUUUCACGCCUACAGGAAUAAGUUAGAACCACGGUUUCUCUUGAUUGGAUUUGGAUUUAUGUUAGUCGGGAUCGGAUCGUGGUUGUUCCAUAUGACACUUAGAUAUCAUUUCCAGCUUCUUGAUGAAUUGCCGAUGAUUUAUGCCACAUGUAUUCCAUUCUGGUCUGUUUUUAGUGAAUUCAAGUCUAAAAAGGAAUCCAUUUUAGUUGGUGUUGGUAUCUUUGCGGCUGCGAACACGUUAACCGCUAUUUAUUUGUACUUUAAGGAUCCGACUAUUCAUCAAGUCUCUUAUGCACUUUUGAAUGCUUGUAUCAUAUUCCAGUCUAUCAGCUUAACCCAGGCACACGUUCAUGAUGCUGGUGCCAAAAGACAGUUGUAUAAAACCAUGAUAUUUGGUGUUGCAAUUUUCAUCCUAGGAUAUUUCUUAUGGAACGUGGAUAUUCAUUUAUGUACACCUAUAAGAGCUUUGAGAAGAAACUGGGGUAUGCCAUAUGGAUUUGUGUUGGAAGGGCAUGGAUGGUGGCACAUAUUCACGGGAACUGGAGUAUACUUCUAUGUCGUUUACGAAGAAUAUUUAAGAUGUUUCUUGACUGGCACAGAAAGAUUCUUCAAAUUUAAAUGGAUUUGUGGUUUGCCAGUUGUUAACUGUAUUGACCCAAAAGGCUUAGAUAGAUUCAAUGAAGUCAAAAAAUUGGCUGAAGCAGAUGCCGAGUUUUUAUUAAAUGAAAAGAAGAAUAACUAG